AACAAGGUGACUAUUGCAGACCUGAAGGGGACUUUGUUUGGGACGUCUGAGGAAGAGGAAGGGUCCGGGAUUUGCCUUCGGGCCUGGAUUGCCAAAUCAAAAUAGCAGGCACAGCCUGCCAAGACGAUGACAGUCACUUAUUCCAGCAAAGUAGCAAAUGCCACUUUCUUUGGAUUUCACAGAUUACUCCUAAAGUGGAAAGGCAGCAUCUACAAAUUGCUGUACAGAGAAUUUAUUGUUUUUGCUACUCUUUACACAGCGAUAAGUGUAUUAUACAGAUUUUUUCUUACAGGUAGCCAAAAACGGUUCUUUGAAAAAUUAUCCAUUUACUGUGACAAAUAUGCUGAACAAAUCCCAGUAACUUUUGUGCUUGGUUUCUAUGUUACUUUGGUGGUGAAUCGCUGGUGGAACCAGUUUGUGAACUUGCCGUGGCCAGAUCGUCUGAUGUUCCUCAUCUCUAGCUGUGUCCAGGGCAGAGAUGAACAUGGGCGCUUGUUAAGGAGGACUCUCAUGCGCUACGUGAAUUUAACGUCUCUGCUGAUCUUUCGCUCCGUGAGCACAGCCGUGUACAAAAGGUUCCCCACCAUGGACCACGUGGUAGGAGCAGGUUUUAUGACAAGAUAUGAAAGAAAAAUCUUUGAUGACCUUAAGUCUCCCCACCUGAAAUACUGGGUUCCUUUUGUCUGGUUUGGGAAUUUGGCAUCGAAGGCGCGAAAAGAGGGAAGAAUUCGAGACAGUGUAGAUCUGCAGACACUGAUGAACGAGAUGAAUAAGUACCGGUCUUGGUGUAGCCUUUUGUUUGGUUAUGACUGGGUUGGAAUUCCACUGGUCUAUACGCAGGUUGUUACUCUUGCAGUCUAUACUUUUUUCUUUGCCUGCCUGAUAGGGCGCCAAUUUUUGGAUACUGACCAAGGGUAUCAGGGACAUGACUUAGAUCUUUACAUUCCAAUCUUCACACUGUUACAGUUCUUCUUCUACGCAGGAUGGCUCAAGGUCGCUGAACAACUUAUUAAUCCAUUUGGAGAAGAUGAUGAUGAUUUUGAAACUAACUGGUGCAUCGAUAGAAAUUUACAGGUCUCACUUCUGGCGGUGGAUGAGAUGCACAUGAACUUACCAAGGAUGGAGAAAGAUAUUUACUGGAACGAUUCCUCUGCCCGGCCACCCUACACAAAAGCAGCUGCUGAUUACUGUAUUCCUUCAUUUCUUGGAUCGACUAUUGAAAUGGGGCUGGCUGAUACCGAAUUCCUCUAUGGGGAAGAGUGGCCCUGGGAAGAGGAGAAACACCGAAGGCAACAUUCAGUGCUGAGAAGGGUCAAGAGAUUUCUCAGCGUCCAUGAGGGCCCUUCAUCCCCAGCUCACCGGCGCUACAGUCGGCAAACAAGUGAGAAUUCGGUGUUUUUCCCAGCAGAUGAAAAGGGUCACAUCAGACGGUUGCAAGAAAUGCACACAAGAGGGAGACACUCUACCUCAAGCUUCAAGAAGAAACAUGAAGGAGUAGACAGAAAUAACAGACUUCAUAGUAGCAGAGAUCUAGGACCCAUAACUGAAACCACAAGGAAUGAGGCACUUUUUGGGGACAGUGACACCUCAUCUGAGACAAACAAGCCAGUUCCUGAGGUCAUCAUCUCUGAAGCUGAGGAGAAAGCACCGGAUGUGCUGGGCAAACCAGAUCUGCAAACAGAGCGCCCCGCAAGCGUGCCAGAAGAGAAGCUCCAAAGAAGCCUAACUGAGGCAAAUGUGACUCUUCUGGACUCUCCUUUUUUUCCCCCAGAAACGACUACAUACCUCCCAGGCUCUGAGGUGCAUCAGUCACUUCCUACUGUGAUAGGGAAGCCCAAACAUGAACUCCACGGUAGUAACAUAGCCGGUUUCAUAACAGAUUAUGAGAGAAACCUUCAGCGAUGGAGUCUACCGAGCUUCCAUAGUCAUAGUACAGUGUCAAAUGCCAACGUUGCACCGCCUUUAGCAGAUUCUGGGACAACUUCACAACAAAGGUCCUUCAGUGAUGGAAAAAAUGUUAUUUCUGCUGCUGCUCCAGAGGCGUUUGAGAUGCAGCACUUAUGGGAAAACCUGGAUACUAAAGAAACAGACAUAGUAGAAUUUUCUAAUGAGAAAAGUGAAAGAAAACUUUGACUGUGCUUCCCCUGGGUCUGACUGAACUUUCUGUCUUCUCUUGAAAGUGGCUCUCACACAGAUUUGCUGAAAGUGCAGAAAGGCAGACAUGAUGCUUAGACAAGUCCUGAGCAAGAUCCAACAGAGGAUUCGGGCACCUAAAUAGGAGGCACUGUGGUGACAUGCUUUAAGCCACUUGGUCGCUGGCUUGAAAUCUGUGACCCUAUGGGGAAAGCAUUUAUGGGGAGAACUGGGAGCCUCAGGAGUGGAUGCAAACCAGCCAGUGCACAUGGCAGCGAGCUGUGUAGGCUCACCUAGAGGAAACACUAAGGUUAUCAGAAGAGCCGAGGUGGCUCUGUCCACUUUGGAUCCACCUUAAACACUGCUACCUUUGGCUGCUCCUUCAGAUUAAGAUCCAUUAUAUCCUCGCAAGACCCACCAACAGUUUUGGUUUCUACUCAAGUGGCCAGAAGGGGAGGUGUGAGCUCAAUUCCCUUCUCAGCCUGGAGAGAUUCAGCCUACCAUCUCUCAUUGCCUGCAGGAACGCUUGAAAAAUCAGGCUCCUCACUUGUGUGGGGCAAGAGCCUGCCUCACUUCUGCUGAAGUUAUGCCACUACAGAGUGGAAAAAUAAAAGGAUUGAAUAUUUAACCUCAUUAAGAAAAAUGGAAGAGGCAAAACUGCUGAUGAGCUAGGCAUGGGAGGUCUGAGCCUUGGUCUCUGCUCCUUGGAGCAUGUAUGUGGCGUACCUAGUGGCUGUUUAUUGCAAAACGCCAUUCCCAGGUGGCCUCCCUAGUGAUGAAAGGGCUGUGGCACUCUGUCAAGAGGUGAUGGAGCUGCAGGGGCAACUGAGCUUAGAGCUCCACUCUUGCAGAGAUCUUCAGCUGGAAGCACGCAGACUGCAGUCAUCCCAGGGAGACAACCAAAUGGCCCGGGACUGCUAGCAAAAAUUACUCUCUGCUUCCUUCCCCCCUCUCCCGUUCCCAUGCUGCCCAGACGUACCACACACAUUCUCCAUUAACCCAAACCCGAGCCAGCAUCAAGUGGCUCCUGAAGUUCCAGGGGUAGCCAAGCCACCUCCCUACACCUGGUAGCAACCUGGCCUUUCAGCUGCCGCUCCUGCAAGAAGUCUCAAAGCAGGCCCUGAAAGCAGCGGCAGCUCUUUGGUUUUAGCUCUCACCCACAUCUACAUGAAUGCAGUCCAGAGCGUGAUGCUGGCUUCCCCCCACGAGUGAGUAUCCAAGCAGAUGAUCUCCUUAGACAAGGGAGAGACCAGGUAGCUCAGGGGCUGGGAAGAACAGGGAGAGGGGGAGACACAGAAAAUGAUGGGGCUGCAACAGCCAGCAAGCGGUGUGGGCUGUAUGGACAGCAAGUCCACCCAGCUCUCUUGCUCAGAAGGUUGCACUUCAAACAACAAACCAGCAUCUCUGCCAGGGUAACUGGUAGCACCAGUGGCUCCUGGGAGUCUUCAGGGCCCCCUGAAGCUGGGAAGGAAACGAAUGGACCUGCCU